AUGGCCGCUAAGCUCAUGCAGCUCUGGUACCAAGCUCAUAAAAACGCCCAGUUUAUUCAUGGUAUUCAAAAUGUCACAGAGGAUACGGUAGUGUUGAUCUAUUUCGGUAAUCAUGAACAAAAUAUUAUAUGGCUCUGGUCCGUGGUGUCACUGUUCAAAGAGCCACUUAUUCUCACGUCGGCCCGCCUGGCUUAUGAGUUUCUGAAUAUCGACGGACUUAAUAUUAUCACAGUCGAAAACCUCGUCAGCACUCUUCCAAAUGUAGUCGACUGUGUUUCCAGGGCAAACUUCGGUCACAGAAAAGCACCAGAGGAUGCGGCAAUCCUCAUGUUCACAUCAGGCAGUACUGGAAGUGCAAAGGCCGUGGUUUUGGGAAACAGCCAAAUUAAGGCUGCGGUGGCAGGGAAGACAUCUCACCAUGGCACAAGAAAGAGUGAUGUUUUCCUAGGAUGGGUUGCCCUAGAUCACGUUGCGUCGCUCUGCCAAAUUCAUUUGCAUGCCCUUGCUCUGGGUGCAAGACAGGUUUUUAUUGACAAGACAGAUGUUUCGAAUAGCCCAAUAUAUUUCUUGAACCUCAUCCACAACCUGCGAAUCAGCGUGACCUUUGCUCCAAACUUUUACCUGACAGCGUUGUCAAAUUUGCUUGACAAAAUGCAAACCUAUACGAGAACAAGUUCAGGCUGGUAUUUGUCAUGCUUGAAGGUCAUAUUUUCAGGAGGAGAAGCGAAUUCUCUGCAAACCUGCAUCAAUGUCACAACCUAUUUGAUAGCCUUGGGCGCGAGGAGAAAUGUUGUGAGCCCGGGAUUUGGCAUGACCGAAACCUGUGCAGGUUCGAUGCAUAACCUCUGCUGCCCAAGCUAUGAUAUCAAAAUGAGUUUUGAAUUUACCUCCGUGGGUCCAUGUGUUCCAGGUAUGGCUGCAAGAGUUGCUGCUGACGACGGCCGUGUCAUCGAAAUCCCCAAUGUUCCCGGCUCUCUGCAGAUUAAAGGGGAAUUAGUGUUUAAAGAAUACUUUAACGAUCCGCUCGCAACGUCUGCCAGCUUUACUAAUGACGGCUGGUUUAUUACUGGUGAUUCUGCCCUCAUCGAUGGUUCUGGCUAUCUACACCUCUGUGGCCGAAUAAAGGAUCUCAUUAUAGUAAACGGAGUGAAUUACUACCCCCAUGAGCUUGAACGUGCUAUUGAAGAAGCCAAACUCCCCUGGUUGAUCCCUACGUAUACAGUCGUCUUCUCUCAUCGCCCCAAUAGCGCCUCAACUAAAAAAGUGGUGGUAGUGUUCGCUCCAGCGUAUGGUCAUACGAGCGCCGGAAGCUUUGCAGCUCCAUUCGAUGCAAUCUCAAAGAUUAACGCCAGGUUAUUUGGGGGCCAAAAAUUGCGGCAGAAUAUCUCGCUGGGGAAUACGAUACUUACUAUGCGACGGCAGCGGAAGCCACAAGACUAUACCAUCAAACCAAUCUAA